UGGCUGGAUCUUCCAUUUGGGCCUCAUGUUCCCUUUGCUAUCAAACGCUCUCCAUCUCGUAACUCCCAAGACCUUUCCACGCAGAGUGCUGCAAUAACAAGUCCUUGCAAUUUCACUCAACUCAACCAAGCCAAAACUUAGAAUUUUCCAUUACUUUUCCUUUAAUUCUUAUUAUUAUCUUGAUUAUUUUCUAAAAUUCCAAGUGCAGAUCCUUCAAUUCAAUUCUCUCUGCGAAUCAUUGGAACUUUCAAGCACCACAUUUUCCCCACUCACUACUCCAUGUGACCCCAUUGAUCACUUCUGUGAUCCAAUGAUUCCGUUGCUUCGCUUCACUCUCUCCCAAAUCAUAGAAAAAACCCCAUUACAAUGAACAAUUACCCUUUUGGAUCCCAAGCCCCCAAGUCCUUUCCCGCAUACCCAAAAACCGAAUUCGACUUAGAAUCAGGAACCGCCAUAAAGCGAACCCGAAAGCCCAAAAAUUCGCCCUUUCACCCUCUCAGAAUGAUUAAAUCAUUUGGGAACCGUUUUCAUCACUUCUUCAAGCUUCACCCUCUAAUGGGUCUCUUCCUAGCCUUGUGCUUUGUGCUCGCACUUGCCAUGAUUCUCUCUUUGUAUGGCACCCAAUAUGGGGUGCAGAGUGGUGGUUAUGUGAAAUCUGACAUGGGUUUUGAUGAUUACCCUUUUUCCAAGCUUCAGAACCUUGUGAUGGUUGCUGGGCAUUCCAUUUACACUAGUAGUAGUUGUGGCAAAAUUGAGAAGGAGGAUUCUUGGUUUUUGGAGUCUUAUCAGAAGAAUCCAGGCCAAGCUGCCACUUUUGUGACACACAUUCAUGAGGGGAUUGAGAUUGUGGCAAGGGAUGACUCUGCUUUGCUGCUCUUCAGUGGGGGAGAGACUCGGAGAGAUGCUGGCCCCCGCAGCGAGGCUCAGAGUUACUGGGCUGUUGCGGAUUCGAAAGGGUGGUUUGGUAAGGAAGAAAGUGUGAAAUGGAGAGCACUUACAGAGGAGCAUGCACGAGACAGCUUUGAAAACCUUCUAUUUAGUGUUUGUCGAUUCCGGGAGCUUACUGGCACCUAUCCCCAAAAUAUAACUGUUGUAAGUUAUGAUUUCAAGGAAAAAAGAUUUGCACAUCUACACCGAUCUGCUAUCGGCUUUCCAGAAUCAAGGUUCUUCUAUACCGGCACUCCUGCUACAUCAAAUGCAAAAGCAACUGCUCUAAAAGGUGAGGAAUUGGUCAGAACUCAAUUCCAAAGAGAUCCAUUUGGAUGUCGAGGUUCACUUUAUCACAAGAAACUAAAGCGUGACCCUUUUCAUCGGUCAAUUCCUUAUCCCAAUGGGUGUCCUGAAAUUGAAGGAUUAUUCAAAUAUUGUGGACCAACUCCUUAUCCUGGUGCACUCCCGUGGGCACAGUAAACUGACACGGUCAGAUUAUACCACUGUAUGCUAACAAAAUAGAGAUAUUAGAUGCAAAUUAAGUUGACUUAACAUUGCAUGACUUUGUUGAUAAAAGAUGUGAAGAUGAAAUUUUGUUCUGGAGAGAUGAUGAUAAAUUGUGUAGAUCAAAAUGUUGUUGCAUGUUUGUGUGAGGAGAUUUCUUUAAUUGAACUCAGUUACUCAAAUUGACGGUUGCGAUAGUCAGAUAGGAAAUGUUUUGCUUUCUGAGAGGGAUGCAUUUUGUUACAUGUUUUGUUGCUUUAAUGUUGAUAUAGAUGUUCAGCAAAAAAUAAUGUUGAUAUAUAUGUUACAGGAUAAAUAUUGAAUGCAAUUAUGUCCAGGCUUCAUGUUUCUA